AUGCUUCUCCUCUACAUCGUAGCGCUCUGGUUUGCACAAGGGGCAACCGAGGAAUCUUGUGAGGUUGCACAGUUGCUCCAGACAUGGCAGAAGCCAGGGGUUACAAUCAACGGCACAGAGGCAGAGGCUGUGACUAGCUGUGCAAAGAAAGGUUGCGAAGGAGGAUGUUGGUUUGGGCUUCUCAAGUAUGCCAAGGACUAUGAAUGUGUGUAUGUGGAUUGGUUUCCGCUGCACAAAGUGGAAGUUUUCUAUUGUCAUGACGGCAAGCUGUUGAAAUGUGGCAGCAAGCCGGAUGCAACGUGCUAUGACUUCGAGGCACCCAACCCAUGCAACACGACCGUUACCAGUGCCGGCUCUACUGCCACUACUACCGCGACGACAACGUUGCGCCCGACAAGCACCAGCGCCACGACAAUUACCAGUGCCGGCACUACGGCCACUACUACCGCGACGACAACCGGGCUACCAAGUGACCUCAUGCUUUGGAUGACAGAAUUCGAUGGAAAUCCAAUUUGCUUGACUGGGUCAGCUGUGCCAGUGCCAGUGAAAGGUAUGGUGAACGGUUUACUCUGUGACGACCGGCCCACUCAGCUUUGGGAGUACACGAAGAAGGGCGAGAUCGUGUUCCACAUGAACCAGCUCUGCCUAACAGCCAUUAAACACAAAGAAGUCUCUGAACUUUACUUGACAGAAUGUGAUGGCAGCGAGUGGCAGAGCUGGGAUGCAAAAACGGAUAGCUGGACCAGUAUUCGGCUUGAGUCACAGUCCAAGUGCCUCCUCUGGGUUGGUGGGGAGCUUCCCGGAAUCAAAGAGCACAUUUGGCUUCUUCCUUGUCCUUCCACAGAAAAACCUAUGUGGAAGAGUGUGCCGAAAAGACAGCAUGGUCUGGAUGAUCCCGUGAAGUAG